AUGUCUGGACGAAGCGCGAUCGCGCGCAAAAAGGUCACCACGACCAAACAGAAACAAAAUGAAAGCACCAAUCGUCCUCGAUCUACAACUACGGUCUCUAGCAAUGACGACCUUCUCCCCGACUUCCCGAUGCCGCCCAUGGGCACAAGCGCCUCUUACCCGAGGUAUGCCAACCAGUUACCGCAGAUUCAAAUUGGCGAGCCAUCACCGGGAAUCCGGGGAGGAUGGAACCCGCCGGAAAGUCCAAUGAUGAGGGGGGACACGAGGCGAGACGUACACAUGAGUAAUCUGAUUACUUCGUCAGAUGCCUGGCCACAAAGGAGAGCAACACUACCAGAACAGAGGAUAGAAGAUGGAAGCGGCAUCGAGAGGAGCGGAUUACGGACGAUCCUAGACAAGCGAAGCGACGAUUUUCGAAAAGGAUUGGCAAAGACGUUUGCCUUUCGCAAGAAGGACAAAGAGGGGGAAAGACGGGGGAGCAGUGAUAGACCUCCGAGUGUCGCAAAUACUUUACCGAGCACCACGUCAAGUCAAGAGGAGGCCCAGACGCACGCUCAAUACUCUCCGAUGAUGAUACAAACAGCGCCGACACCGACACCGUAUGCGCCUUCUCAUAACCCUUUACCUUCGCCGCCCAGUCCGCAAACACUCCUGCCUCCUAUCGGCCCACCUCCGACGAUGAAGCUGCCUGCGAUCCCACAACCACCAUCCGCUCCGGCGCCACAGAUGAAGAGGUGGCUAGGCGGAGGACGUCCGGUUGGAAAGUGGAACAAACUCCGCAAAGAUCCGGAGCUUUGGGAUCCCAACGGAGAUGUUCUCAUCUUUCUCGGUCGCAAAGGCCAGAAGUUGCCGAGCUUCCGUCUAUCAUCACAUAUCAUUGAAGGCACCGGGAGCCGCCCACUCAUCACAAUGUUGCGAGACGGAUCGACGGAAGAAGACGUACCUCCACCUCUCUCACCAGGUGAUGGAUCCUACGGUGCAAAUCUUGGUCGAGGCUUCGCUGAUGAGCCACUCACACCCCCAGCCUCUGAAGGCACCAGCAUUGGGGAUUUUGAGGGCCAAAUCUCAUAUGAGAUGUACUUCCCCCCUCCUCGGAACCUUGGUCGAAUCGAGGAGCUUCGGCACCAAAUUACCACGCGCAACGUCUUCGCCUUGCUGUGCCAUGCCUCGAUCGUCGGUCUCUCGUUGCAACAGGCCCUUUCGGAUCUUCAUGCGCGUCUCGACACUUAUAUGCCCCCGUACAACGACAAUGUUGGUCAAAUACCCUGCCACGGCAGUGUCGCUCCUCAUCUGGGCCGAAGGGAAGGACGUGAGAUGGGCGGAUGGCUGGAGGCAGUGCUUCACGCAUUGCACGGGCAUGUUCCUGAGUGUCGAGAUGUGUAA